GGAUGGCUGCACUAAGCGCUGCACGCUAUAUUGAAUCCUGCCUUGUUGCCUGCCAUGUCAUGACCCCGCGUGAACGGCCCCCACACCUCAGAGAGCUCCAUGGUUCCCAAUCCGUGAACGUGCAACCAACCAAAUCUUUACUUGACCCACCAUGCCCAAGCACCCUCGAACUCACCAGGCAAACGGGUGGGGCGAUAAGAUGAGGCUGAAGGUUCUGUACAAUGGAGCUGCGUGCAUCCUAAAGUCGAUAAAGGGCGCACGGCGGAAUCUGCAUCUUCUGGAAAACCGAGUCUGCCUUCAGCCUUAUUGUCUACCGGACUACCAUUUCCCAUAGCCUUGAUACGUCAACAGCACUCUACGCACUAGUCUGUGAUCAUUAGUACGGCAUACAGUAUGGACCACGAAUCUGAGCACUCGACGGAGGGAAAGACUUAUGAUUAUGGCGACGCAGAGAAGUCAGGCAUGGUCGGCCAUGGCUCGCGAAGGGGAAUACCACCAGCUGAACAUAGGAAGGAUGCCGAGGUACAGAUGGAAGUAACUGACGCAAAGGGCCAGAAGUCUUGGGUUCGCUUCAAGAUUCGUGGGGAGCCGCAGCGAAACCCGGGAAAGUUCUGGCAGUAUCAGCUGAACUGUAAGAAGGAUGGGGCGCAAUAUUCAGGGGACAAGUGGUUCUCAAAAGGCAAAGAGGUCGACCCGGAGCAGGGUGUUCCUCGAAGCCCAACGGAUUCUACUAAUUCAGAUAAUACACUCGGAUUUGAUAGUCGGAGAAGUACGGCAGUGGACUCAAACGUACAAUGUUCCGAGAAGAUCGAGCCCGCUCCCGUCAAUGAGACCGAAAAUCUCGAAGAGUAUGAAGAUCCGGCAGUAGUAAAAUACGAAACGUCCUUGACAACAUCAAUACCUGUACAUCGCUAUCCCAUAGGGUACCCACGCCUGGCCGCAUUCCUGUCAAGUGAAUCCAGCUUCUCUAUCUACCGCUCAUACAACUACCUUCAUUCUCGUGUCAUACUAAGUUUGCAAAAUGAGAUAAACGAACUCGAAGUGGAGCUUGGGAGGCUCGACGAUGCAGAUGAUAACGAAGAAGACGCAGAUAAACUCGCAUCUGGUCGAAGAUCUGGUGCAGAGAGAACUGCGCUGCUCGAUAAGAUUCGUGAAAAGCUGGUACGAUAUGAUGAGAUCAUGGCCAAGGCCAGGGACUUGAAUGCAUUUCAACGACCAAGUGACAGAGACUAUAGAAGCCUGAGACAGUGGUACUACCGCAAGACCCCACUCGUUGAUCGCGAGUCGACGUGGAUCAAGCUGAGAGACGACCUUGUCACACUCAGACAGGGUAGGGAAUGGGCCGGAUUCGACGGUUGGAUUGAGUCCUGGAUCAAGAGACUUCCCUUUGGUCUGGAAAGGUACUUCACCACUGAGGCACUGAAAGAGAAGUCUGACGACCCGUUGAUGCGAUAUUACAACCCAGCACGGGUCGAGAAGCUCGUCGGUGUCUUCAUCACCCUCAUCAUUUUCGUCCUACUCAUCAUGCCUGUCGUCGCGAUGUACAAGCUGACUUGCAUCGGUAAUCGAAAAACAACUAUCGAUGCUGUUGGGUUGUUGGUUGUUUUCACACUGCUUUUCUCAGCAGCUAUGUCCUUGCUGACCAAGGCUAAAAGGCACGAGCUCUUCGCAGCGUCUGCUGCGUAUUGUGCGGUCCUGGUGGUGUUCAUCAGCAAUUUUAACAACGAUAGCAACCCCGUCGCGGGCAGCAGAGGAGCUUGA